AUGACAAUCUUGAUAAACCUUGGUCGUAUUACAGUAGUACAAUUUGUGGAGCUUGCUUUAGGCCUGGAAGCAUCAGGUUAUCCAUUCAUUUUAGUCAUAAAAACAGGGGAAGGACAAGCACCAAUAGAGGAGUGGAUAUCGAAAAAUGGAUUUGAGGAAAGAACAAAAGAAAGAGGGCUUUUGAUACGCGGAUGGUCACCACAAGUAGUAAUUCUAUUACACCCUGCAGUUGGUGGGUUCUUGACUCAUUGUGGUUGGAAUUCAACUGUUGAAGGGAUUAGUGCUGGUGUACCUUUGAUCACAUGGCCUUUAUUCGCCGAGCAGUUUCUUAAUGAGAAGUUAUUAGAACAUGUAUUGAAUAUAGCUGUGGGUGUUGGAUCUCAGGCAAUUGUGCAUUUGGGGGAAGAAGAGAAGUUUGGAUCCCAAGUGAGCAACAAAGCAGUGACGGAUGCCAUUAAAAAGGUGAUGGACAAGGAGAAAGAAGGAAACAAGAUUAGAAAAAGAGCUAGGGAGCUUGGAGAAAUGGCAAAAAGAGCUGUAGAAGAUGGUGAAUCUUCUCACCUCAAUGUCAUUCUUUUAAUCAAGGAAAUACAAGAAUUCCAACUGAACCAAUCUGCUAAAAAUGCACUUGUUGAUUAG